GUAGGGAGUCUAUAUAUACAUCCCAAGGAGGCUGGUGCUCACAGGCACAACUGGACUACUGGAUAACUGGACUGUAGCCCACUGGUUAUUAAGCUAAAAAGACACAAGCAAAGCCUCUGGAAGUGGAAACCAUUUUAAAUUAGUAGGUGUGAAAUACAUAAAACAAAGAUGAACAGUGUGGCAGAUUGGCUCGUCAAGAACAGGGACAAGAUUGAGAAAGGUGUGGAGAUCAUGGGGCAAGCCUCUGAGGUGCUUGCUGCCACUGUUGGCCAGCUUCACCCCAUCUUAGAGGCCGUGUUCAUGGCUUCAGCCGAGAUACUCAGCAACCCGGACAGCAAAGAGGCUCGCUAUCUGACUCAGCAGUUCGAAAUGGUCAACCAGCAACUUGAAGGAAUCCAGGGUGAGAUCGAUCAAAUUGCCCUGGAGCUGCAGAAGACGUCAAUGAACAAGCAGAACUUCGAUCGUGAGGCGCAGAUGCUCAGCCAGUAUGAAAAGUUCCAGGACUUUGUCAACGCCAAGCCUAAGUUCAAAGAGAAGAAGAUGGAGAAAUUCAUCAGCCAUUACGAGAACACAGAUGCUGACUUGAACCUGGACGCCCUCUACAAUGCCGUCAUUGGGGAAAGCACCGCAGGAGACCCAAUGCUGGAGACAGUAGUUGCCAUAGAGCAGAGAAGCAGAAGGGCAGUUGAGGAUUUCUGCGCCCGGCUGAAAAAGCUUUUUGUGGUUGGCAUUAUUGCCGUCAUGGGCCAUUCUGCCCUCAAGGAAGGGGUGGUGGGGGAGGACAUGGUGAAGAAGUGGCAGGGACGGAUGGAGGAUGUGGAAAAACGAAUGAAAGCGGCUGUGGAUGAGUGUACAGAGAACUUUGCCGAUCAAGCCAAAAUGGACAUGGAGCACAAGCUUUUGGAGAGUCCCGGCUCUGUCAACCAGGACUUCACCAAAUCCCUUCUGGAUUCGCUCGUUAAGAAAUACGACUGGGUGAACUGGUCCGUCAGGGCCUUCAGCAACAGGGAGCGCAUUUUCUUUUUCAACUGGCUAGCAGGAAAGAAAUGCCAUGGUAGUGGAGGAGCCAACUGGUUUGACAUUUUGACCAAGACCAAGAUCAAAGUGGUGGUCUCUUUCUGUGUUGACCCCAAGCCCAUUAACAAGAGCCAGAUCCAGGAGCAGAUUGAGAGUCAGAAGAUGAAGUGGGACAUGAUGGCAGUGGCUCUGGCGUUGAACAAGAGCUUCCCCAACUGCCUUGUCCAUGCUGUCAGCCAUUACAAAGAGGUGGUGCAGUCCAACAACUUCCAUGAGGACUGUUACUACUAUGGGAAACACAAAAGGGCCUUCCUGUGUAUCCACUCUGAGUAGCCUCACAGCAAAACAUAGAGUGUAGGCCCAUACAGGAAAAAAACAAGCUACAUAUAAAUUCAUGAAUGUCUUUACUAGAGACCUGAAAAUUUCUCAAUUAAAUAUAGAAAUGGAUUCAUAAAUAUUGUCUGUGUUGAUGCAUAAUCUGCCCGGUUUCUGGAAUGUGAUUCAUUGUCUUACUUGUAUGCAUUUUUUAAAUUUUACAUAAAUCUUUUCAGGGCUUUAUAUCUCCAUGCCAGCUUUGACUUAAUAUCAUAACAUUUGAUUCUAUCCCUCAUUUGAUACUAGGAUUGGGCAAUAUGACAAAAUUAGUCAAAUAGCUUCAAGAAACUUUGAGGUUAUUGCAUUGAUUCAUUCCAUUGAGGGCAAUAUUGUAAAGUAAUUAGCAGGACUACUCUAUGUCGUUAUUUGAUUUGUAUUUGAUUUUCUUUUGCAUUAAUGUGAUGCAGUGCCUACAUUAUACAGUCAGACAGUUUAUCAUUUGCUUUUGAAAGCUGUAGAGUAAGUGAAUUGAAUUGGUGGGGUUUUGUCAACUUUUGAUUCUGAUGUCAAAAAUGAUCUUUGAAACUCAAAAUGUAAAGGAAUUAUUUUACAUCCUGGGAAAAACACUCACUUCUCGCCAAGAGUAAAAUAACAAGAUUGAUACCACUGUCCAGACGACUGUGGUAUCUGUAAAAUAAAAGACUAAAGCCAGGACGCAAGUAGCUCAAAUUAGCAUAAAGAUUUGAAACAGGAAGUGUAGAAAUGAUAAUUUACAGAAUAUCUACAGGAUUAUUUCUUGGUGGGUACAGUGACUUCCUGGAUCUUGACAAAACACCUCCUGUAAAGCGGCAAAGUUCAGUUCUGGUCGGAUUAAACAAAUGAGAUAUGACCUUUGGAUUAGCAAUAGCUGCCUCAAGACUUUAUGCUAAGAUAAAAUCAAUGUCCCCUGGCUGGAGAUUGAGCAUACAGAUAUGUUAAUGGUAUUUUUUCUUCUCAUCUAACUCUUUCAUAUGGUCAGAAGAAUCAGAACAGGGAAUUUAAACUUGAUUUGAGAUUAUUUUUGUUAUUUUUUUGUUUCCACAUUUUCCAGAAUGUGCACCAUCUAGGCAUAUACUUUAUAUCACAAAUAAAUGAAUGACAUUUACUACAGUUAUGGAUUAUACUGAUAUCACCUACUCCUAGAUAUAAAUGUGUAUAAAAUGAAAUCAAUUUACAUUUUCUUGCCGCUUUCAGUGCAAUACAUUGCUGCAGGGCAAACGUCCAAGAUCUGUAUUCUACAAUCACUUAAUCAAGACACUUGUGUAUAUUUGACUUUGAUUUGUAAUAAACAAAAAGAUAUGAA